UUUAUGACACAAAAGAAAUACUGCAAAUAGAGUCAACUUCUGACGAUAAAAAUGACAACGGAGGAAACAAAAAAAAAACAAUGAACGAAACAGUUUGUGACGAAGUUAUGGCAAAACCAGAAAAGAAUAUUGCAUCACUAUUUCAGUCACCACAAAAGUCGUUUGUUGCCGUAGCAGCGAUUGAUUUUGGAACUACAUAUUCUGGCUGUGCCUUUUCUACAGUACAAGAUUUCAAAACAGACAAAUUGAGGAUAGUAACCAUUCCACUGGAUGAUAAAAAUGUAUUUUCAUACAAAACCCCUACAGUAUUACUAUUGAAUCCUGAGGGGCAAUUUCAUUCAUUUGGGGCAGCGGCAGAAGAUCAUUAUGUAACGUUAGCCGAAAGUGACGAGGCUAAUAGUUGGUACUACUUCGAUCGCUUCAAAAUGCAGCUGUAUAGUGCAAAGGAUAUAAAUCGAAACAUGAUGCUUAAGGAAAUGGGAGGUAAAAAAAUGGAAGCAAUGUUGGUUUUUGCAUUAUGCAUAGAAUACAUUAAAGACAAGGUGUUAGAUAGAUUGCGCCUAGCAAUAAAUGGUCUACAGGACGAUGAUGUACGUUGGGUUUUGACUGUACCCGCUAUUUGGAGUGAUCAAGCUAGACAAUUUAUGAUAAAAGCUGCUGCAAAGGCAGGUAUUAGUAAAGAGAAUUUGAAGUUGGCAUUAGAACCAGAAGGUGCUGCUAUGUUUUGUAAAUAUCUUGCGGUGGACAAAGUGGAACAUGGAGAUCGAUCAGCUCUGAAGGCCUUUGAAGAGAAAGCACAAUUUAUGGUAGUUGAUUUAGGUGGUGGCACAAUUGACAUUACAGUAUCUGAAGUACUCCCUACUGGACAACUGAAAGAAAUCUACAACGCCACAGGAGGUCCCUGGGGAGGAAACUAUAUUAAUGGCCAGAUAAUAAAAACCCUGAAAGAAGUUAUUGGAUGGGAGAUAAUCAGAACCUUCAAAUUAGAGGAAUUCUACGAAUACCUUGAAUUACUAAGAAAUGUGGAACAAAGAAAACGUGGCGCGAAGCACGACUCCGAAUUGUCAUUGGCGAUAUCAAAAGAUCUUUCAAAGAAAAUUAAGAUUCCCAAUUCACACAAACAGAGCGUACGAUUAUCAGGGAGAAGUAUUCAUCUCUCGGCACUAUUAAUGCAGAAAAUCUUUUCCUCAUCUGUUAAUACGAUGACUAAACAUGUAGAAGGGCUUCUUCAGAAGAAAGAAACACGCGGAGUGUCAUCCAUUCUGUUGGUAGGAGGAUAUGCAGCUUCUGAUUUUGUCCAACGUGCCUUUAGAGAGAAGUUUGAGCAGAAGUAUAAGAUUAUAUUCCCGUUGACGCCAGAUAUGAUAGUUUUGAAAGGCGCUGUUAUCUUGGGUCAUCUCGGAGAAGCAAUCGUAGACAGGAUGACAAAAUAUCAUUAUGGAUUAGGGCUUUGUGCAGCAGCUGUCUCCGGUCGUAUAAUAUCAGUAGAAGAAGAUACGACAAAAACGUUUUUCUCGUUAAUCAAGAAAGGUCAAACGAUUAAAGUUGGCGAUGUAGUUACGAAUUACGAAGUUGCUAUUAAAGCGCAUUCCCAAUGGGCAAGUAUUGAAGUCUAUACAACUGACGAAGACGUGCCAAGGACAAACAUUGAUGAGGAACACUUCACCAAAGUAGGAAACAUUAACGUUACACUUCCACAAUUCAAACACGAAAGCAUCCUUAUCCUCACUAUAACUUAUUGCGAGACAGAAUUUAAAGUGAUAGCAACAGAUAAAACUACAGGUAGAUGUUUCGUUGGUAUUUGCAAGUUCCUAGGAAAAUAAAGUACCGAAAUCUGAAAACUCAUAACAGUUUCUUAAUGUGUGAAAGAUAUAAUUCUUAUAUAAGUUUAAUUUUUAACUUUUAUUCAGCUUAAAGCUAUAUUUAAUCAACAGUGUGUAAUAUUUUUUUAUGGUGAAAGA